AUGCAACAAAACACGUCUUUAUAUGACUCUUUGAACGUUACUGCCGCUGCAUCCACAUCUGAGAUUAAGAAAGCUUACAGGAACGCUGCAUUAAAAUAUCAUCCUGAUAAAAACAAUCAUACAGAAGAAUCCAAGCGAAAGUUUCAAGAGAUAUGCCAGGCAUACGAAAUACUUAAAGACAAUCGUUUAAGAGCUUUGUAUGACCAGUACGGUACCACAGAUGAAGUCCUGAUUCAAGAGCAGCAGGCGCAGGCGCAACGCCAACAAGCCGGGCCGUUCAGUUCAUCCUCAAAUUUCGAUACGGAAGCAAUGUCAUUCCCGGAUCUAUCUCCAGGUGAUCUUUUCGCGCAGUUUUUUAAUAGUUCUGCUACCCCCUCUUCUAAUGGCUCCAAAAGCAGUUUUAAUUUUAGCUUCAAUAAUAGCUCUACGCCGAGCUUCUCCUUUGUUAAUGGCAGUGGCGUGAACAAUCUGUACUCCUCGUCAGCAAAAUACAACUCCAACGAUGAGGACCAUCAUUUGGAUAGAGGCCCUGAUAUCAAACAUAAUCUAAAGUGCACAUUGAAGGAACUCUACAUGGGUAAGACUGCAAAGUUGGGUUUGAAUAGGACAAGGAUUUGCAGUGUUUGUGAUGGGCACGGUGGUCUAAAGAAAUGCACUUGUAAAACAUGCAAAGGGCAAGGUAUUCAAACCCAAACUAGGCGUAUGGGACCUCUAGUACAAAGUUGGUCUCAAACUUGUGCAGAUUGCGGGGGUGCCGGGGUUUUUGUCAAAAAUAAAGAUAUUUGCCAACAGUGCCAAGGUCUUGGCUUCAUUAAGGAGAGGAAGAUUCUACAAGUCACCGUUCAACCGGGAUCGUGUCAUAACCAACUUAUAGUACUUACGGGCGAAGGUGACGAAGUUAUUAGUACUAAGGGAGGCGGUCACGAAAAGGUAAUACCUGGUGACGUCGUUAUCACCAUUUUACGUUUAAAAGAUCCGAAUUUCCAGGUUAUCAACUACUCCAAUUUGAUAUGUAAGAAGUGCAAAAUCGACUUCAUGACCAGUUUAUGUGGAGGCGUAGUUUAUAUUGAAGGGCACCCUAGCGGUAAGUUGAUCAAACUUGAUAUUAUACCUGGCGAGAUACUGAAGCCUGGUUGUUUCAAGACUGUUGAGGACAUGGGGAUGCCCAAGUUUAUCAACGGUGUUCGGAGCGGUUUCGGUCAUCUAUAUGUCAAAUUCGAUGUGACGUAUCCAGAGAGACUGGAACCUGAAAAUGCUAAGAAAAUACAAAAUAUUCUGGCUAAUGAUAAAUACAUUAAAGCAGAACGUUCCACCAUGGAAACCGCAGAUUCAGACUGCUAUUGCGAUUUGGAGAAGUCAUAUGACAGUGUGGAAGAGCAUGUGUUAAGUAGCUUUGAGGCCCCUAAUUUAAACAAUGAAGUUAUUGAAGACGACGACCUUGGUGAUUUGAUUAAUGAAAGAGAUUCUCGGAAAAGGAACAACCGUCGAUUCGACGAAAGUAAUAUUAAUAAUAAUAAUGAAACGAAACGAAAUAAAUAUUCUUCACCGGUAAGCGGUUUUUAUGACCAUGAUAUUAAUGGAUAUUGA